AUGUUCCCGUUGCCAAUGUUCACGCCAGAUCAGGUGGCGCGUGUAUGUGAGAACCUGGAGGAGACCGGGGACAUCGAGCGCCUCGGCCGCUUCCUGUGGUCACUGCCUGCGGCAGUCCCGGCCUCGGCCAGCGACGCGCUCAACCGCCACGAGUCCGUGAUGCGCGCCCGAGCCCUGGUGGCAUUCCACGGCGGUAACUUUGAGGCGCUUUACCAGAUUCUGCAGAGCCACCGCUUUACGCGCGAAUCUCACGCCAAGCUGCAAGACCUGUGGCUGGAUGCGCACUACCGUGAAGCGGAACGCCUUCGCGGGCGGCCGCUGGGACCCGUGGAGAAGUACCGCAUCCGCAAGAAGUUUCCCCUCCCGCGCACAAUUUGGGACGGCGAGCAGAAGACCCACUGUUUUAAGGAACGAACUCGCAGCCUGCUCCGGGAGUGGUACCUGCAGGACCCCUACCCAAACCCCUCCCGAAAACGUCACCUGGCCCAGGCCACGGGGCUCACGCCCACCCAGGUGGGCAACUGGUUCAAAAACCGGCGACAGAGGGACCGAGCAGCUUCAGCCAAGAACAGACUGCAGCAGGACCCCAGUCUCUUGCCAGCAGGCACCUCUUUGGACGGCAGCUCACAGGACCUCCGCCCCCACCUGCCCCCCUCCUCGCCCAGUCACCCGGGCAGCCCGGAGACCAGUGACUCCAGCACGGGCACGGGCCACCAUGGGACGAGGGCCUCCACUCCUGAAAUAUCCGUCAGCAGCGACAGCGAGUUCGAGUCCUGAGUCCCGACCCAUGACAGAUUUAGGUAGAUAGACCCACCUUUGGCCCUGAUGCGGUAAUCUCUAACUCCACUCCAAUCUGUAAUCAAUCAAUCUGCUGCACAGUGAUGAUCUGUGCAGCAGUGGGAAUGGAGGCGGAGCCAAGGACGUUUGUAUGGAGAAUGUUGAUGUGGGAAAGGACAAGGAACGGAACCAAGACAUUAACAGGCGCAUCACACACAAGCACUUAUCCGCAGUUUUGGUGAUGGUCAACCAGGUUGUGCUCUAGAAUAACUCCGCCAUGGUGUUGUGUCUGUACAGAGGACCAGGUAUUUUAAACUCCCCUUUCUGACUGUUUUUGGAUGGGAAAACUGAGAGUAUGCUG